GGCAGUUGUGGCAUGCUGUGAGCUACCUUUCACAGGGGGUCACCCAAAUUGUAUGUGAAAUCACAGCACAGACUCAGGUGGAGAAAGCAGCUGCAAUGAGUGACUUACCCGUGGUGAAGAGCACCAUGAAUAGCCUCAGCCAGAGUUCGCCGUAUAGCCAGAUUGGGAUGGGAGCAGCCGGUGGCUUCCUCACCGGCUUCGUGCUCCUGAAGGCGAGCAAGAUGGUGGCCGUGGCCGCGGGCGGGACCAUUCUGGCGAUCGAGCUGGCCUGGCAGGCGGGCCUCGUCAGGCUGGAUGUGGUCAAGACACUCUCACAACUGGAGCAGGAUCAGCACCGGGUUCAGCAGUUGCCAGUGAGAGAAAUGUCCUUGGAGCGAGUGAAUCUCAACCGCGUUCAGGAACUGGGGGAUAAGGCCAGGAAGGCGUGUGCAACCAGCGGUCGCCUAUGUGUGGCCUUCUUGGGCGGCUUUCUACUCGGCUUUGGGUGGGCUUAACUAAUGCAAAUUAUGAUCGCAACACAUAUAAAAUAUUUAAGAUGUAAA